CCCUACCCUUAUACUUCACUGCGAAUCCCACCCCUCGCGACCACCAACCGAAAACAUCACACAUAUCGUUGAGGGAUGCUCGCGCAACCCUCAGUUCUCCAAUGGCCGCGAUUCGCUCUAUUCCACAAAAUCAUGACUCUCUCGGAAAUCAAAAUAAAGCCCCUAAAAGUCCACUGACAACCGCAGGCAGCCCUUUAGCUGACUCGUGCGAAUCUGAAGUGAAUCUGAAGUGAAUAAAAUACAAAACUUGAAACUGUUCGGCUCAAACUGGAUAAGUUGGAUAAUAUAACGAAUUUCUUCAUAAAUUACAAUUUUAGUAAGCUUAAAUAAGUGGUGCCGGUGUUUUGAAGUUCUCACCACCUGCAUAAGAACACCUGGCCUUCUUGAGAUACGUGUGUUGAAUCAAUAUAGUACCUGAGAGACUCUACAGUUCUUUAUACGAUAAGAAUCCCCCUCGACAACAAAGAAGACUGUGAAAUGUAACCCGAAGAGGAGACAACGGAAAAGAGAAGAACGGGGAAUCUCUGGAGACGAAAUAUUUAAUCAAGACGUGAGUUUAUCCAUCUGAAGUGGGAGUUAUUCGGAUGCAGUUUCGGUGAUAGGGAAGAAAUCAAGAAAACUACAUGAGCUGCUGUCCUUUUAUGACUCGACUCGGUGAGAGGAUGGUCAGUAUGAGCUCGAUGCUCGUAGAAACCGUUAGUAUCAACUACGAGGACUUCAACGAGAGCUUUUUGACCUGCGGCACUUGUCUAUGUGUCUACGAUGGCAGUGAACAUACACCGAAACUUCUGCCAUGUUCCCACACGGUGUGUUUGCACUGCUUAACGAGGAUCGCAGCCUCCCAGACACGUGAGGCCGGCCACUUCCGGUGUCCAAUAUGCCGAGAGCUGAUCACAAUACCACGCGGUGGUGUACCAGCACUGCCACCAUCAUUUCUCGUCAAUCAGUUAUUGGACCUCAUGUCUCGACAGCGACGCGAAGUCAUACCAAAGUGUUCAGUGCAUAUCAAUCAGGAGUUAUUGUUCUGUGAGACUUGUGAUACUGUUUUCUGCACUGUAUGCACUGGGGGCAGUCAUGCUGGCACAUCACCAGGCUGCACUGAGCAUACGAUUAUCCCCUUCAGCAUCGCCAUCAAACGAAUGUCUGAGAUAUUACUUUAUAAGGCGAAUGAAUGUAUUUCGAAGUUGACACAGGCUCAAGAAUCCGUCAGCACGGAGCUCGAACGUCUAGACGCUGCAAUGGAGCGAUGUUUGAACGUGGUAGACGCCGAAUUUGGCGAAAUAAUAAAGAAAAUAGAGAAGAAACGCGAGGAGCUGCAGGCAGGUGUGACAGCAGCUGCGAGAGAUAAAAAGCGAGUGCUGGAGGAGCAGCACGCGCUCAUUGAGGCCGAGAAGAACAAGGUGGAGCGUGAGUGCGAGGGGCUGCAGUAUCAGGUGGAGGUGAGGAACAUAACGCAGAGGAUUGGCAGUCUGACUGAUCAGUUGGAUGCAGCUGUGGCGCUCAGUGAACCCAGGGAAAAUGCUUUUAUUACUGCUGAGUUUAAUCAUAACGAUGCCAUUGAGGAACUGGAGAAGGCACUCAGUGCUCUUGGCCGUGUACGAUCUAGCACGACAUUACCAGGGUUGUGCAGAGCUAGUCUUAAAGAAACGGCCAUAGCAAAAUUACACACAGCUGUGAUACUUGAGACUGUGGAUUAUCAUGGACACCCUAGGAAUGCCGGGGGUGAUCCCAUCGGCGUCGAGUUGACGUACGCCGAUCAGCAGUCGUCCAACAGUCAGUCCAUCGAAUCUCAGGUUCAGGACCUCGAUAACGGAACUUACGAGAUCAAUUUUCGACCGCCCCUCCCGGCGAGGUACUGCUUGAAACUGUCAGUCUUUGAAAGACCUAUCAAGGAUUAUCCCCUGUUUUUCAAUGCCACCGAGCACAACGAACCUAUCAAGGUUUAUGGGAAGAUGGGACAUGGGAGGGACGAAUUCUACCAGAUGGUCGCUCUCGCUGUUGAUGAUGAUGAUGUUAUCUAUGUUCUUGACUCUGGGAAUUCACGAAUCAAGGUUCUCGACAGCAAUUUAGAGUUUCAACGACACAUAACUAACGAAGGCUUAGCCCGACAGGGUGCCACAGGAAUUGCCAUAUCCGAGCAGGGACUAGUCGUAACGAAUUGGCGUACUCGUACAAUUACGGAAAUGAGUACACACGGAGACACAAUUCGUUCAUUUACGCACAAUGCAUUUCAGACACCAUUCGACGUGGCUGUAGACCGGAGCUAUGGCCACGUGUUAGUUGCUGACAGUGGAUCUGAGAGUGGACCAAAUAGGAAAUAUUCCGUAUAUGUGUUUGAUUCAGACGGCAAGUUCCUGUUUCAAGUGGGAAAACCAAGUAUGUUCAGCGAAAUUAGCUCAGUAACGUUUGGUCUUGGUGGCGAAAUUGUAGUUGCUGAUUUGCGAAUUCAAGUGUUUUCUGCGAAAGGUGAUUUCUCCGAGGAGAUUCAAGCUGGAGAAAAAGGUAAAGGAAAAUAUGGUGGAAUAGUCAUAGACCCAGACGGCAAAAUCCUUGCGUCAUACAGUGGAAAACGAAGCAGCACAAUUCAAGUGAUUGAAUUUGGAAGUGGUAGAAUACUGACUGAAAUUGACUCCAACAGCUCAAAGUUACGAAGACCAGCUGGUAUAUCUGUUCUCAAAGACAACCACCUCGUAGUGAUUGAUCGGGGCAAUGCGUGUGUUAAAAAGUACAGAUACUGGUAAACUGCCAUUUUUUAAGCAAUACAAACUUACAAAGUUGUUCCUCAUUUGAUGAUAUUUUUCUGUCAUUCUUUUUUCGUCACAUGCCAUGUGAAUUCUUAGACUACACCGUCCUAUUAAUGAUUAAUCGUUGCAGAGUCUCAGUUUAUUUUUCAUGGAUAAACAGAAAAUGCUUGUACAUAUAUUAUUUUUUACAGUAUUAAGGUCACAGCUGGAUGGGAAAAAUUAUGAGAAAUUUAGAAAAACGAACGCAAAAAAUUGAUUGAAAUUAGUUCUGUCUCCAUUUUUUUUUAACUCAGGGAAUUAUAUGCACUAAAAUCUCCCGACAUUUUAUUCUAAAAUGACUCGUUUGCGGGAUAAAUGAAUAAUGUCAAAUUGGAUUAGAUGGAAGUGUAGACAGAAUUAAUUAAUGUGUGAAGAGUAAAAUGUAUAACUUGUUUUGCAUAAUUUUGUCAGACUGUAAAUUGUGUAUGAAAUGAUAACUAGUCGUAGCAAUUUUUUUCUUGUUCAGUUAAGGAAGCGAUUGAACACAAAAAUUUUUAUUUGAGAGCCAAAAAUGUCAUUUACACACAUUUGUAAUUUUUUUAUGUAUAUUCCUCUUGCUCUUUGAGUUUUAUCUGAAGAGAGAUAGCUGAUACAAUUCUCUACAGAAAAUGUCUUUUGACAUAUUCUCCUGGAAUCACUCGUUACCGAAAUCGUUGCAUAAUUGACACUCCAUUGGAUGUUGACAAUUUUUGCAAGAUGUUCUUCUCUCGAAAUCCAAAAAAAAUCAUCAAAUAUUUUUUGUGUCUUCAUCUUAAUUUCGCUUGGCGGUGAAUAAUUAAUUUUGAUGUUAUUCUUUAAUUUUUGGCAUCGAGAUCAUUUUUAUUUCGUCGACACGUGUAGUUAGAAGAAUUAUUGUUCCUUACUCGGCAGAGUACUACUUAAACAAUCAUGACUCCAGUCAUUUUUUAUGUAAUUUUCAUUUUCUUAAAUUUAAAAUUAACUUUAGGGGGUUUUUUUGUAAUUUGAUAGAUUCGUAAAACCUAGGAAUAUUUUUGACACUGAUAGAUGAAUGUGAACAUGUUUUCGAAUAUUGAAGAAAUUGUUGUUGAGUUAUCGACAUUCCCAUUUAUAGUAUGCAAUGCAAAUGAAGUAGACUCCAAUGCAUGAAUCAGUGUCUCAAAGAAAUUUAAACGAAAGGAGAACAAAAAAAGAUGAACCCAAUUCGAAAUAUAAAAUUCACUGACUGAUAGGAGAAUUAAAAUUAAUCUUUACUUGUUGGUAUUGUUUAAUCUAGUCAUCGCUGUUUAUUCAUACUUAAUGGACUGUGUUUAUUUGUAAUAGUGCCCUAUUUCAACGCUAUGUAAUAUAAUAGUAAUUGUCACGAUUGUAAAUAAAAAUUGAGCUUCAAUUAUAGGAA